AUAGUUUAUGAAUAACUUGGCGUCUCUGUCAAUUUAUUCACGGUUGUGUUAUUUUGCGAAUUAUCGUAAUAAAAAUGUUAUUUUGCAAAAGUUACUAGCAUUUGCUCUAAUAUUGUCUUGUUGACAAGGCAAUUAAAUUGGAAACGCGUUGAUCGCGUAAGUUUUAUAAGCACAACUUACAAGAUGGCUGAUAUAAAGUCAAUGUUUCAAAAACUUAACAAUGGAACACAAAAUGGUACUGCGGACCCUACACCCCCCAAAAAUCAAAAGGGUAGUAUAGAAAAGACUUAUCAGAAAAAAUCACAGCUUGAGCACAUUCUUCUUAGACCUGAUACAUACAUUGGGUCUGUUGAACGGGCCACAGACACCAUGUGGGUUUUUGAUAAGAGUAAGGAGUGCAUGGUGCAGAAGGAAAUAACUUAUGUACCAGGCUUGUACAAAAUAUAUGAUGAAAUAUUAGUAAAUGCAGCUGAUAACAAGCAAAGAGACCCCAAGAUGGACGUUAUAAGGAUUGAGAUCAACCAAGAACAAAAUACAAUUUCUGUUUAUAAUAAUGGAUGCGGUAUUCCAGUAGUCAUGCAUAAGGAUGAAAAAAUGUAUGUUCCUACUAUGAUUUUUGGACAUUUGCUGACAUCAUCUAAUUACAAUGAUGAAGAAGAAAAAGUGACUGGUGGCCGUAAUGGUUAUGGUGCCAAAUUGUGUAAUAUAUUUUCUACAAAGUUUACAGUUGAAACUGCAUCUAAGCAAUAUAAAAAACAUUUUAAACAGACUUGGGGAUCUAAUAUGACAAAAGCUUCUGAGCCAAAGGUAAAAGAAGCUGGCAAGGAUGAUGAUUUUACAAAAGUGACAUUUAGCCCUGAUUUGGCUAAAUUUAAAAUGGAGAAAUUAGAAGACGACAUUGUCUCUCUAAUGUCCCGACGUGCAUACGAUGUAGCUGCAUCUACAGCAGGCGUCAAAGUGUAUCUCAAUGGAGAAAGGCUCAAAAUUAAUAAAUUCAAAGAUUACAUAGAUUUAUACAUAAAAGGUAAAGAGGAUGAGGCUGGACAACCUCUCAAGGUGGUCUAUGAAAAAGUAAAUGAACGAUGGGAAGUGGCUCUCACUCUCUCUGACAGAGGUUUCCAACAAGUUUCUUUCGUAAAUUCUAUUGCUACCACGAAAGGAGGUAAGCAUGUUGACACAGUAGCAGAUAGUAUUGUAAAGAAUGUUCUGGAAGUAUUAAAGAAGAAGAAUAAAGGCGGCGUGAACAUUAAACCUUUCCAAGUGAAGAAUCACAUGUGGAUGUUUGUCAAUUGCCUCAUUGUAAACCCAACCUUUGAUUCACAAACCAAAGAAAACAUGACACUCCAAGCAAAGAGCUUUGGAUCGAAAUGCACUUUCUCAGAGAAAUUUAUUACGGCAGUUUCUAAGAGUGGCUUAGUAGAAUCCGUAUUGACAUGGGCUAAGUUUAAAGCUCAGAAUGAACUUGUGAAAGCUUCUGGUAAAAAGCAGAGCAAGUUGAAAGGUAUACCUAAGUUAGAAGAUGCUAAUGAAGCAGGUACAAAGAAUGCACAUUUGUGUACUUUAAUCCUUACCGAGGGAGACUCAGCUAAAACUUUAGCUGUAUCGGGGUUGAGUGUUGUCGGGAGGGACCACUAUGGGGUGUUCCCAUUGAAGGGUAAACCUUUAAAUGUCCGAGAUGCUUCACAUAAACAGGUUCUCGAGAAUGUGGAGAUUAAUAAUCUAAUAAAAAUCCUUGGGCUUCAGUACAAAAAGAAGUACAACACAAUAGACGAUUUAAAGUCACUCCGUUAUGGCAAAGUGAUGAUAAUGGCCGAUCAGGAUCAUGAUGGAUCGCAUAUAAAAGGUUUGAUCAUAAAUUUCAUACAUCACAAUUGGCCUGAGUUGUUAAAACUGCCGUUUUUGGAAGAAUUCAUUACGCCCAUUGUCAAGGCAAGCAAGAAAGAUAAGGAAAUAUCAUUUUACUCAUUACCCGAGUUUGAAGAAUGGAAGAAUGAAACGGAGAAUUAUCACACCUAUAAUAUCAAAUACUACAAGGGUUUGGGUACCUCCACUGCUAAGGAGGCUAAAGAGUAUUUCCAGAAUAUGGAGAGGCAUAGGAUAAGAUUUAAAUAUGCGGGUGCAACCGACGACCAUCACAUAGAACUAGCGUUCAGCAAGAAAGGAGCCGAUCAAAGGAAGGAAUGGCUGACCAGCCACAUGGAGGAAGUCAAGCGACGAAAGGAGAUUGGAUUACCAGAACGAUAUCUUUACACCAAGGAAACUAAGAGUGUUACAUACUCUGACUUUGUCAAUUUGGAACUGGUACUCUUCUCUAAUGGGGAUAAUGUCAGAUCAAUACCAUCUAUGAUAGACGGGUUGAAGCCAGGCCAGCGGAAAGUUAUAUUCACUUGCAUCAAACGUAACGAUAAACGAGAAGUGAAAGUUGCACAAUUGGCUGGUUCAGUGGCUGAACACUCGGCUUAUCAUCAUGGCGAACAAUCCCUAGCAAUGACAAUCGUUAAUCUCGCACAAAACUACGUGGGUUCAAACAACAUUAAUUUGUUAGAACCCCGUGGUCAGUUCGGUACUCGCUUGUGCGGAGGCAAGGACUCGGCCAGCCCCCGUUACAUCUUCACGCUGAUGUCACCGCUGACGAGACUGGUGUUCCACCCGCACGACGACCCUUUGCUUCUGCACGAAUUUGAAGAUAACCAGAAAAUAGAACCAAUUCACUACGCUCCCAUACUUCCGAUGGUGUUGGUGAAUGGAGCUGAAGGAAUCGGUACUGGAUGGUCUACGAAGAUACCUAAUUACAACCCAAGGGAUAUUGUUGCUAACAUACGGCGUAUGCUUGAUGGUGAGGAACCGAAACCAAUGCACCCUUGGUACAAAAAUUUCCGCGGAACCAUAGAGGGCUUUGGUGAUAAAUACGUUAUUUCCGGCGAGGCCGCCAUUUUGCCAAACGACAAGAUUGAAAUCACCGAACUUCCGGUUGGCACGUGGACACAGAAUUAUAAAGAAAACGUUUUGGAACCGCUUUUGGGAACGGAUAAAGUGAAACCGGUUAUAUCUGAGUAUAGGGAAUACAAUACAGACACGACAGUUCGCUUCGUUGUGUCUCUCUUACCGGGAAAACUUGCCGAAGUAGAGGCUGAGGGCAUCCACAAAGUAUUCAAAUUGCAAACCACCAUCUCUAUGACUUGUAUGAACGCUUUCGACCACAACAACUGCUUAAGGAAAUUCGACAAAGUGGAAGAAAUCCUGCGGCAGUUUUACGACGUCCGAUUGCGAUACUACGCCAAGAGGAAGGAAUUCCUCGAAGGGCAAUUGCAAGCAGAGGCAGACAAACUGACAAACCAGGCUCGGUUCAUCGUAGAGAAGUGUGACAAGGGAUUGGUGGUCGAAAACAAGAAGAGAAAGGUGAUGGUGGAUGAGUUGAUCAAACGAGGAUACGCCCCUGAUCCAAUCGCGGAUUGGAAGAAACGAGCAACUAAAAUGCAAGGUCUGAACGCGUUGGAGGAUGAGGAGCCAGAAGAAUCCGAGGAGGAACUAGAACCUGAGCAGAAUAAAGGAGGAAAACCAGUAGAUCCCGAGAAAGCAUUCCAACAAUUAAAGGAAGUUAAGAAGUUCAACUACCUGUUGGGGAUGUCAAUGUGGAUGCUGACGAAGGAGAAGAAAGAUGAGUUGCUCAAGCAAAGGGAUCAGAAGUUAUCGGAACUGGAGGCACUAAAAAAGAAAACUCCAUCAAUACUAUGGCGAGACGAUCUUGACAUCUUCCUCGCGAAACUAGAAGAUCUGGAAGAGAGUGAGAGGCAAGAAGAGGCCGCUACCAACAGAAAGACGUCUAAGGCCCAGGCAGCGAAUAAGAAGAACCGCAAAUCGAUAAUGGAGAUCAUUCCUUCCAAUAACGGAAGACGAGUGGAGCCAAAAAUAUCUGAAGACAUCAUCAAGAGGAUCCAAGCUGCUGAAAAAGCCAAGAUCAAGAAGGAAGUUAAGAAAGAAUAUGAUCCGGAUGACCCGACAGGUGUGAGUCCCGCAAGUAACGAGAAGAAACCGCGAGGUAGAGUCAAGAAAGAGAAAGUAGAAAAAGUAGAGAAAGAGAAGGGAGACAAGAGUGACAAAGAGAAGGAUGGAAUGAAGCAGACUAAACUUACAUUUAAAAAGGAACCGAAGAAGAAAAAGCCAACGUUUAGCGGCAGUGAGUCUGAAGACUUGUCAGGUUCUGACGUAGAGAUGGCGGCACCCGCUGCCCCCAGGGAGAGGACUUCCACGAGACGAGCUGCUACCAAGGUCCAGAAAUACACAGAUGGCUCAGACGAUUCCAAAUCUGAUUCGGAACCGGAACUAUUAGAUAACAAACUAGAGUCGGACAAUGAUCAACCGCGGAGGGCCAUUUCCCUCAGCGACGAUGACGAUGACUUCAAUGUUAAGAAAAACGCCAAUAAGAAGCCCGCUGAGAUGGACUCAGAUUGUCUAUUCGAUUCCCUGAUAGAAGAAACUAAGAAAGAAGUGAAUAAGAGUUCAGAUAAUAUAGAGAGUGAAGAUGAAGCUCCGAAGAAGAAACCCGGUAAAAGGAAACUGAUGACGGUCAAAGAACCGCCCAAGAAGAAGGUGAAGCCAACCAUUAGCUUAGACAGUGAUGAUGACAGCAUAUUUGAUACUAAGAAGGAUAAAAAGAAGACAGCAGCUAAAAAGCCUGUCAAGAAGAAGAAAGAGUCGAGCGACGAAGAAAGCGAUGUCUUAUCGGCGAGUCCGCCCCCACGAGCCAACAACAGAGCCAGGCCCAAGCAGAAGUACAACUUCAGUGACGGCUCUGAUAGUGACUGAGAACCAGUGCAGAUCUGAUAAUUUUAGAUAAGUGUAAAUAAAUUUUUCUAGGACUUUUCAUACAUUGACUUUGUUUAACCUUACUACGUAUGUAGCUUUAUUUAUAUUAAAAUAAUUUUAUGUAAAAUGUUAAUUUUCCUUAUUUCCUCAAUUCCUUUUCUAUGAUUUUUUCAGUAUUCGCCCAUUAAUUAUAAUAAUUAAUAAUGUAUUUAAUGUUUUGUACUGGUUACAGUCACAUUUGUAA